CCCAUGUCUCAAAUACAGUUUAUAGUGACAAGUUGACCGUGCCACUAGCAUAAAAUUAAAUAUUAAAAAAGUUAUAAAUUUAAGCACUUACAAAUUUUAAAAUAAUGUGAUACCUACUAACGCGACAUGGAGAGAAAUAUUUGGACUUUAAAUCAAUAAUUUCAUGUUUUUAUCAGUGCAUAAUCAUCAAGAUGACGACAAAACUGUCAGUUUUUCUUCUCGUUUUUCAACUUCACGAAGUCAUCAACGUACAACAGACUGGAGCGAAUACAAACUCUCUACCAAUAUCAAUUCCCGACCAUGGGAAUCAUAAAAUACCACCAGUUUUGGCUCCUCUACUGCAACCUAAUAAAGUUGCUUUGUUAUCUACAAGUGCAAGAAACAAAAAGGGUCUAAAUAUACCAUAUUCUCUUCCCAUAACCCAUCACCUUCUUGUACCAACAAAGUUGCAUGUACUACCAGCACACUCGAACGUUCAUCACAGUUCAGUUCAUACGGACAUAAAACAUUUAGUGACAAAUGAUAAUAUAAGAAUACCGAUUAUAACCCAUACAUUGUCUCAUAGUUCAUCCAAUUUAACGCACCCAACGGCUGUGAUACCUUUAUUAUUACCGGUUUCUUACCCCAAUCACCUGAUACUUUUACAUGAUUUGAGUGUAAUACCCCUACACAGACAAUUGCACGAUGAUCAGAAAUUGAGCCGAUAUCAAGUACAAAUGGAAAAGAUGAAAAAUGAUGAGGAGGAGCAGAUGAAUAGAUUUAGAACAUUUUACGGUGGUUUUGGAACGGGUCUAUUCUUUGGUGGCCAUGGAGCUGGGCAUGGUUUUUAUGCCUAUGGUUAAUUUUUUUUCCUUUUCUUAAUGGCGGUUGGAUAAACAUCGAAUUUAUAAUUUAUUUUUACUCAUAAUAUUAAAUUAUAUU